AUGAAAGCGUUUCUCAUUACCUCUUUGCUCUCAGCCCUUUGGGCAAACGCCCAACUGAUUGGUCCCGUCGGUCCAACAACAGCCUUGUCACAGAAGACACGCGAGUGCAGCAUUCUAGACUAUGGAGCUGUCAACGACAACUCGACUGAUGUGGCAGACUCUAUUGAGAAAGCUUUCAAGACUUGUGUUCUACCUCAUCCCGGAAGCCGACUCAUUGUGCCUGACGGAAGGUACUUGAUCAAGCGCUCGGUUGUGCUUUCGAACGGCACAAAUUGGGCACUCCAACUUGAUGGCCUUAUUACGCUUGCUUAUGGCGGUAAUUGGACUGUCGAUCGUGAGUUGAUAUUGCAAGGUUUUGCGGGAGUCGGGCCGCUGAACGCAACUAUCAAUGGUGAAGGUGACGGCCAGUUCUUGCAGAAUGGACUCACCAUUAUCAACCCCGUCGACUUUGAAUUCUACUCCAGUAAUGGAAAGGGCGCCAUUCAAGGCCAGGGAUAUAUCUAUAGAAACCUAGCAGACACAUUCCGCCCAAGGCUCAUUAGGCUCAUUUCGCCCAUCGACACUGCUGUCCACGACAUCAUCCUCGUUGACAGCCCCAAGUUUCACAUCGUCUUUGACUUUGCCCAAAACCUCGAGGUGUACCAUCUGACCAUCCGUGGAGCUAACUUGGGCUCCUACGAUGGAGUUGACGUUGUUGGAACAAACUACUGGGUCCACGACAUUGAAGUUACCAACCGAGACGAGUGUGUAUCUGUCAAGAGCCCUUCCAACCAUGCACUCAUUGAGAACCUGGUUUGUAACCAAGCUGGUUCUGGUAUCUCGAUUGGCAGUCUUAACGUGUCUGCGUCUAUCUCCAACAUACACGCGCGGAACAUCAACAUCAUUCAGGGCAAUAACAUAGCUUUCAUCAAGACCUAUCCAGGAGGCUCUGGUCAUGUCACCAACAUAACCUUUGAGAACUUCCGAUCCAAGGCAUCACUUUAUGGCCUAGAUAUCAAUCAGUAUUGGCAGAAUACCUUUGAGCCCGAUACAGGAGCUGUGGCUUUGAGCAAUCUUGUCUUCAAAAACUUUUCCGGAUCUGUCGCUGAUGGAGCAAAACGGCCUCCCCUAUUUUUGAGUGCCAAUGACUUGUCCUUUGCCACCAACGUAACAGUUGAGGACUUCACCAUUUGGACCGAAUCUGGAACCUCUGUUGUUAAUAAGAUCAGCAACGUCUAUGGUCAUGGUGAUGACUCAUAUGGAGAGGCAGAUAGGGUUAAGUCACUUGCUUCUGGCCAGUCACCUACGCCCUAUACUAGUACCUACACGGUCACAACAAAGCCUUCAGGUUGGACUGCUCCAUCGUUUCCCACUUGGGCUGCAGCAAGCACAGGAUAUGGAACCGAUGUACCUAUUCCUGUCUAUACGCCGGCUGCUCUCUGGAAGCCCGAUGGCGAUUACGAUAAGCAUUAUUGGGGUUCCUUCUAG